UUGCCAAACUUUUUAAAAGGAUCUGCCUCCCGCUUUUGUUUUUAUUUUUUUGCCUUCCUCGUCACUCUCCCUCUCCUUCACCCCCCUCCUCUACCCAUCAUCCCAAUGGCAGACGAAAAAUCCCCUCUCGCCGACGACGGCUGGGUUCAGUCCUCUGCUCAACCCGGCGAAAUCGUCAACGACACUGGUGCUCAAGACGAUGACUUCGACGCCCGCGUCACCAACCUCGCCCGUCAGAUUUCCCAUCUUUCGACCUACUCGAGUCAGCACGGCCCCAGCCCGGACGGCCUCAACCCUUUCCUUGACUCCUCCGACGACCCUCGUCUCGACCCCUUCUCUGACAAGUUCUCGGCUUCCUUCUUCGUCGAGACCUUGCUCGAUAUCGGACGACGGGACCCCGGUGCUUAUCCCGUCCGUACGGCCGGUGUCUGCUUUCGUGACCUGUCUGCUUACGGAUAUGGUACCGGCUCUGACUACCAGAUGACCGUCGUCAACGCUAUACUCAAGAUUUCCUCAGCAAUCACUGAUAUCGUUGUCAAGCGCAACCGUCAGCGAAUUGACAUCCUCAGAAACUUUGAUGGUGUCCUCCAGCCCGGUGAGAUGCUUAUGGUCCUCGGUCGUCCUGGCUCUGGCUGCACCACCUUCCUCAAGACCAUCGCUACUGAUACCCAUGGUUUCUUCCUCGACGACACCAGCCACUUCAACUAUCAAGGUGUCCCCUACAACCUCAUGCGCUCGCAAUUCCGCGGUGAGGUCCUCUACAACGCCGAAACAGAUGUCCACUUCCCUCACUUGACCGUCGGCCAGACCCUCAAGUUCGCCGCCCUCGCCCGCACCCCUCACAACCGUAUCCCGGGCGUUUCCCGUGACCGCUACGCUGAGCACAUGCGUGAUGUCGUUAUGGCUAUGCUCGGUCUUUCGCACACCAUCAACACCAAGGUCGGUGACGACUUUGUCCGCGGUGUCUCCGGUGGUGAGCGCAAGCGUGUCUCUAUCGCUGAGGCCAUGCUCGGUGGUGCGCCAUUGCAGUGCUGGGAUAACUCCACCCGUGGUCUUGAUUCCGCUACUGCUUUGACAUUUAUCCGCAACUUGAAGCUCUUUGCCAAGACCACAAAGACGACCUCGCUCGUCUCGCUCUACCAGGCCUCGCAGGACGCCUACGAUGAGUUCGACAAGGUCAUCGUCCUCUACGAAGGUCGCCAGAUCUACUACGGCUCGACCAAGCUUGCCAAGCAGUUCUUCAUCGACAUGGGUUUCGAGUGCCCUGCUCGUCAGACCACUGGUGACUUCCUCACCUCGCUCACCAACCCUGGCGAGCGUAUCGCGCGUCCUGGAUUCGAGAACCGCGUCCCUCGUACGCCUGACGAGUUUGCCGCUCGCUUCAAAGAGAGCGACAUCUACAGAGCUUUGCGCCAGGAAAUGGACACUUUUGAGAACCAAUUCCCCGUCAACGGUCCCACCCUGCAGUCCUUCAUCGACUCCCGCAAGGCCAACCAGUCUGGCAACAUCUCAAUCAAGUCGCCCUACACCAUCUCGGUCGCCAUGCAGAUCAAACUUUGCGUCACUCGUGGCUUCCAACGUCUCAAUGGUGACUGGACUCUUUUCUUCACUACCUUGUUCUCUCAAAUUGUCUUGGCUCUUGUCGUUUCCUCGGUCUUUUAUAACCUGCCCUCCAAUACUGGCUCGUUCUAUUCCCGUGGUGCCUUGCUCUUCUUUGCUAUCUUGCUCAAUGCCUUCUCGUCUGCUCUCGAAAUUCUCUCGCUCUACGCCCAGCGUCCGAUCGUCGAAAAGCACACAAGAUAUGCAUUUUACCACCCGUUCACCGAAGCCGUUGGCUCCAUGCUUUGCGACAUGCCGCUCAAGAUCUUGGUCGCCAUCGGCUUCAACGUCACUCUCUACUUUAUGAGUAACCUGCGUCGCUCGGCUGGUCCCUUCUUCAUCUUCUUGCUCUUCUCCUUCUCGGUCGUCAUGGCAAUGUCUAUGAUUUUCAGAACCAUCGGUGCCUGCUCGCGCUCGAUUUCCCAGGCCAUGGCUCCAGCCGGUGUUUUGAUUCUCAUGCUCGUCAUCUACACCGGUUUCACCAUUCCCGUCAGGAACAUGCACGGAUGGGCUCGCUGGAUGAACUACCUCGACCCCAUCGCCUACGGCUUCGAGUCUCUCAUGAUCAACGAGUUCCGUCACCGCCAGUUCCCUUGCUCUUCUAUGAUUCCUUCCGGCCCUGGCUAUGAAGACGUUCCCGCCGACGCCCAGAUUUGCUCUGUCGUCGGCGCCGUCGCUGGCCGCGAUUACGUCGAGGGCAAUGACUACAUCGGUCAGAGUUUCAAGUACACCAACGGCCAUCUCUGGCGUAACCUUGGAAUCACCUGGGGUUUCGUCGUCUUCUUCUGUGGUAUCUAUCUUCUUUCUACCGAGUACAUCUCUGCCGCUCGCUCCAAGGGUGAGGUUCUCGUCUUCAAGCGUGGUCAGCUUCCUCCUGCCUUGGCUCAUCCUGAUGAUGUUGAGGCUGCCAACAUGCACGAGAAGCAGAAGCUUGAGUCCAGUUCUUCCUCUGAGCAGAUCAACAUCCAGAAGCAGACCGACAUUUUCUUCUGGAAGGAUGUUUGCUAUGAUAUCAAGAUCAAGAAAGAGCCCCGUCGUUUGCUCGACCAUGUUGAUGGUUUCGUCAAGCCCGGUACUUUGACCGCUCUUAUGGGAUCCUCUGGUGCGGGUAAAACCACACUUCUCGAUGUUUUGGCUUCUCGUGUCACUAUGGGUGUCGUUACCGGCGAAAUGCUUGUCAACGGCCACCAGCGUGACUCUUCGUUCCAGCGUAAGACCGGUUACGUCCAGCAGCAGGAUCUUCAUCUCUCGACCUCUACCGUCCGUGAGGCUCUGACUUUCUCUGCUCUUCUCCGCCAGCCAGCGUCUACUCCUCGUGCUGAGAAGAUCGCGUACGUCGACGACGUUAUCAAGAUUCUUGAGAUGGAGGCCUACGCUGAUGCCGUCGUCGGUGUCCCUGGUGAAGGUCUUAACGUCGAACAGCGCAAGCGUCUCACUAUCGGUGUCGAGCUUGCUGCUAAGCCCCAGCUCUUGCUCUUCCUCGACGAGCCCACUUCCGGUCUUGAUUCCCAAACUGCUUGGUCUAUCUGCUCACUUAUGCGCAAGCUUGCAAACAACGGUCAGGCUAUUCUUUGCACUAUCCAUCAGCCUUCUGCUAUUCUCUUCCAGGAGUUUGAUCGUCUUCUUUUCCUCACCCGUGGCGGUAAGACCGUUUACUUUGGAGAGAUCGGCGAGAACUCGCAUACUUUGACCUCUUACUUUGAGCGCAACGGUGCUCACAAGUGUCCUCCUCAGGCUAACCCUGCCGAGUGGAUGCUUGAAGUUGUUGGUGCCGCCCCCGGAUCUGUCGCUGUCAAGGAUUGGUUCGACGUCUGGUCCCACUCUCCAGAGCGCCAGGCCAUCCGCGACGAGAUCGACCAUAUGAAGACCGAACUCUCGCAGAUUCCAAAGUCUGAAGAUGAUACCGCGUCCCGCGAGUUCUCUGUCAACUUUGCCGAGCAGUUCAAUGCCGUCUUUGUUCGUGUCUGCCAGCAGUACUACCGCACUCCUUCUUAUCUAUGGUCUAAGAUGGGUCUCUCGACCGUCUCUGCGCUCUUCAUUGGUUUCUCGUUCUUCAAGGCUGGAACUUCGCUCCAGGGUCUUCAGGAUCAGAUGUUUUCGAUUUUCAUGCUCUACACCAUCUUUGGUAACAUUUGUGCCCAGCUGAUGCCCAACUUUGUCACCCAGCGUUCGCUGUACGAGGUUCGUGAGCGACCCUCAAAGACCUACUCGUGGCAGGCAUUCAUGCUCUCCAACAUCUGCGCUGAGAUCCCGUGGCAGACUAUCUGCGCUGUCACUAUGUACUUCUGCUGGUACUACCCCAUUGGUCUGUACGCCAAUGCUGUACCCACGGAUGCAGUGCACGAGCGUGGUGGACUCAUGUUUUUGCUCAUCUUUGUCUUCAUGAUUUUCACCUCCACUUUCGCUCACAUGGUUGUGGCCGGUAUCGACCUUGCGGAUACGGCCGCUAACUUGUCCAACUUGUGCUUCUCGCUCACGCUUAUCUUCUGCGGUGUCCUUGCUACUCCCGAGUCCAUGCCCGGUUUCUGGAUUUUCAUGUACCGCGUGUCGCCGUUCACUUAUCUCAUCGACGCUAUGUUGUCCGUUGCUGUCGCAAACACGGAUGUUGUCUGCGACUCCAUCGAGCUCAAGCACUUCAACCCUCCUUCCGGCCAGACCUGCGGUGACUACAUGCAGACCUACAUUGAUACAGCUGGUGGCAAGCUUUCCAACCCCAAUGCCACCACGGACUGUGAAUUCUGCACAAUUUCUUCGACCAAUACCUUCUUGGCCAGCGUCAACAGCUACUACCAUCACCGAUGGCGUAACUUCGGUCUCAUGUGGGCGUACGUCAUCUUCAACGUGUUCGGCGGUAUUGCGCUGUACUGGCUGAUGCGCGUGCCCAAGAAGUCGAUGAGAAAGAAGAAAGACGACUGAUUGAGUAAAUAUGGAAACAUAUCUUGUUUAUACUAUAUUUCCCUUUUAUUUUGCUUUUCAUUUUUAUUAUUUAUGGGUUUUUGUUCCUAAGCAUUAAAUUUGUUCCUAAGCAUUAAAUUAUAUGGCUACAUGACUUGGUGCACAGUCCGGUUUUAUCAUAUUAUAUAGAAGACAGAUGGAUACCUUUUAUUUUUUAUUAUCUCUUAGUUUUUGUUGUGUCAAAUAGUCACUCUUUACCCUUUUCUAUAUUAUAUGCGAUUAGCAUUCGCGUGUAAAUCACAAAGUAGGAUUCUGAGGUGUAGACUAGUUGACAAACUCCCAAUGGCGAUAACUAUGCGGUAACUGUCUCAGGGAGAAUACAAUCUUUCAUGAUUAACGUCAAUCCCUGUAGAUUCGCGCUUCAGUAGGGUUCCGCGCACUUUCAACCACAGUACUAUAGUUGAAAAUAGUGACGACUUAGUUAACAAUC